AAUUUGCUUUAUAACUCCCGCUACAAGCAUACACCGUACAUUUGCUCUCUGAUAGCCGAACGAUGGCGUGUCUGAGAUUUUUGCGCAACUUCCGAACGAGCCACUUGCUCUCUGCCGCUGGACUGGUGGUUGCGGCCGCCGGGACAGUGUACCUCGCUCGCCGAUUCUGGAGAACGGCGGAGCUGGAGGAAGACCAACAGCACCUGCUGGCAUUAGAGGACUCUGAUGCCAGUGCAGACCUGGAUCUCACCCUGGAUGAGAUUGUUAAUGAAGACAACGGACAGGUCAUGACCUGGGAUUUCAGCCCGUUGUUCUGUGGACCCCUUGCUGCAGUGAGAUACUGCCAGUCUGCCGAAUGCCCGGCACCGACGGGGAGCACCACCUUCCACAGCCAUUAUGAGCUGAGCCUUGACAUGCUGGUCAUUAAGGACUCACUGGAACAUUGUACCAGCGUUUGUGGCAAUCAAGUUGAUCUCUGGGUGAAGAAUACCAGAGGAACAAUGGCGCUGAGUCCGGAUGGCUUGUCCAUGGUCACCAUGACACUGCAGUCCGUCACAGGCUUCAAGCUGGUAGCUCGGAAGGUGGUGAUGUACGCGUCCUUCUGCAUUCUGGACGCUAACCAGCUCACCAGAUACAGCGACCAUGUGCAAACAGUCUGGAUGGGGAAAUAUUUCGGCAUGAUCCUGGGGCUGGAUGGAUUACUGUCGACGUACGAAUGGAAAGACAGCAAGAAUGAGGACCAGCCGACGGAGCCUUGCCAGUCUGACCAUGAGGCUGCUGAUGAGGAAUUGCCACCUGUGGCCAGAGAGAUGCCCUGCUUAUACAUCUAUCUCACCAGAAGAGGGUUUGCAGAUGUUCCAUGCAAACUGGCAGCCCUUCGCCAGGCGUUCUCAACACUCAUCAGCCAAGGAUUUUACCAGAAAGAUCUCAUCCGAGCUGGUAAAAUGAUUCUUGGUGGACUGGCCCAGAUCAACAACAGGGACAUCCAUGCCUUUGAAAUGGCAUUUGAGCAGUUCCUGGCCUUCCUUGGCGACCCAGCGAAAAGAGACAUCAUGCAGAGGGAACUGGCCGAGGCGGGGAUCUGCCAAUUUGGAUUUGUGGACGUUGCGUUGGAGUUCGUUGUCUUUUGGUUUCUGGGUGUUCGCAACGUCCUGAAAAUGGAGUCCGGCGGAUUUGUGGACUAUUGCUCCAGAGUCCUGGAGUCUUUCAGCCCACUCGGUGGCUGGAAGGGGAAAGACACGAACUACUGGGAGAUAGUCAUGGUCCAGAUACUGUCCUUCUUAGAUGAAGUCUUCUUCAAGGACACAAGCAUUUUCCAGGAUCCACAAUAUCUAGAGGAGGAAGUGUGGAACAGCACUGAAGACCAUCUUAAUAUCCUUUUAACAUGGCUGGGUUCGCUACACUCCAGCCCUUAAAAAUUACUAUAGAAUUAGAAACAUAGUGUAGGUCGUUUCUCUGCCUUUUGGCAAUGGUCAGGGUACAUGGGGUGAGCUUGGGGUCUUGGGCUAUUUUGAUUCCUGUGUUUUUAUUAGUCUAGACAUCCGAAUGGGAAACGUCGACCCCCCCGUGCGACUCCCAAGGACCUUCCCACCACACCAUCGCCAGGAUGCCCAGGAGCCCAGAGAGGACCGCCGUCGUCAUCCGGCGCACUGCAGCUUUCCUCUGGACUUACUUCAAGGACCUGGAGAGCAUCGCGGAGAGAAGGACCUUCAUCUGUGAAAUUCUGUCCAGUCUCCUGGGGUUCAUCAUGGAGGACAUCACCUGUGUACAGCGGAACGGGCCUUCUCCUUCUCCUACGUGUCCUCUGUGUGUUUGGUUCAAUGUGAUUUUGCAUUUGCAUUUGCAAAGAGUGUGACAUUUUAAAAAAAUGUAGAAAUUUAAUAUUACAUAUGUAUAAUACUUACUUGUAGCAGUAUUACUAUUAUUAUUGUUGUUGAUAUUGUUAUAAUUUUUUCAUUGUUAUCAUAAUUUUUCUUUUUUUUGUUUAGUUAAUUUUAUUUAUUUAUUAAUCUUUAUUUUUUUGUAUAAUCACGGUGUCAUGACCCGGCUCGUCGGCUCCUCGUGUGUGCUUCCCUGAUUGUUUCCAGCUUUGUCUGAUUACUUUGCUUAGUCUUGUCCUAUUUAAGUCCUGGUCUUACCUGCUGCCCUCGUCCGUCAUUGUGGAUUUGGUGUGGUGUAUGUUCCCUGCUCCUGUAGUGUUAAUAAACCCCAGUUUAGCCCUGAUCACUGCCUGCCUGCCUCUCCUUACCUGCCGACCCGCACGAUCGCCGCUUCCCGCGAAAAAAGAAAUAAAUAAUAAAAAAAGAAUUUUAAUAUUGUUUGAUGUUAGACUUAUCCGUAAAGGGGUCCUCGGGUUACAAAAUCUUGACAUACGAUGUUUUGAGUUUACGACGCUCACUCCCAUGAAAACCUUAAAAAUAUUGAGAUGUGAGUGUUUUGGUUUACGCCGUUAGUGUCGUAGUUAUGGACGAUGUGGGCGAACUAGUUUGGUUACCCGUGGUGGAAGAAUACGCAGUAACGCGGUUUACGAGUGAGUUAAGCCAUCACUAUGGAAUUGAAAUUAGACAACGUAAAGAGAUCAUUAAAGGAACAUUAAAACUCUGACAAUUUCAGUUACUUUUCUGUCGUAGGAACGGAACUGUCGUAACCUGAGGACUCCCUGUAGUAUAUUUGGAUAGUCCUGUAUUAUUUGGUGGUUCUAUUUCUUUUUAAUUAUUUCUUAAUGAAGGAUUUGUUAUUUCUUUGAAUAAAUUUAUUUCAAAGAAAGGUUGGAUUUUUCUAUUUUUUUCAGUGUGAGAUGAAGCUACUUCACUGAAAGGCAACGUGGAGGGAGUUUUAUCCGGCUGGUUGGAGAUCACUACGUCAUAAAGCAUUGCUGCUCUGCCUGCUUUUACAGCUGCGGUCUGGAUUGCCUGUCCUGCAGUUGCUGCUGCUUUGCCUCUUUGCCUCUGCUCUUGUCUUCUCUCCUUUUUGUAUUGAAUGUGGGGAUUGGUAGCCUUUUAUUCCUUGCUUAACUGCGAGGAUUAACUGUUUAAAGUGAGGGAUUUUAUUUUGUGUGUUUUAAGAUUCUUUGGGGUUGGGAUGCCAUUAGGGAGGAAGGGAACUUUGUGGUGGCAUGUUGUAUUGUGUGUAUGCAUGGGAGUUGUAGUGUUUUGUUUCAGGAUGCCAUCUGCUGUUUGACUGUUUAACCUCCUACCCUGUGUGGACCAGCCCCGAGGUUUUAUUUUGUCGUGUGGAUGGUGUUUUAUUAAUUUAUUUGUAAUAAAAGAUUGUAAGUGGA